AUGUACGCCAAAGGCAAGAGCAGCAACGUGCCGUCCGACAGCCAAGCCAGAGAAAAGUUAGCAUUAUAUGUGUACGAGUACCUGCUGCAUGUAGGAGCCCAGAAGUCAGCACAGACUUUCCUCUCAGAGAUCCGAUGGGAGAAGAACAUCACGUUAGGAGAACCUCCAGGGUUUCUCCACUCUUGGUGGUGUGUUUUCUGGGACCUGUACUGUGCAGCCCCAGAGAGAAGAGACACCUGUGAGCACUCCAGUGAGGCCAAGGCCUUCCACGACUACAGUGCAGCAGCAGCUCCCAGCCCAGUCCUCGGGAACCUCACCCCAGGUGAUGGCAUGCCCGUGGGUCCGGUCCCACCAGGAUUUUUCCAGCCUUUUAUGUCCCCUCGAUACCCGGGAGGACCCAGACCGCCCCUCAGGUUACCCAAUCAGGGCCUUGGUGGCGUGCCAGGAAGUCAGCCUAUGUUGGACCCCACGAGACAGCAAGGACAUCCAAAUAUGGGUGGACCAAUGCAGCGGAUGACGCCACCAAGGGGAAUGGUGCCGCUCGGGCCCCAGAGCUAUGGAGGAGGGAUGAGGCCGCCACUGAAUGCAUUAGUUGGGCCGGGCAUGCCGAGCAUCAACAUGGGUCCAGGAGGUGGAAGACCCUGGCCAAAUCCUCCCAAUUCAAAUUCUACUCCUUAUUCGUCUGCAUCUCCAGGCAGUUAUGUGGGACCUCCAGGAGGAGGGGGACCGCCCGGGACCCCAAUCAUGCCAAGUCCAGCAGAUUCAACCAAUUCUGGAGACAACAUGUAUACCAUGAUCAACACAGGCCCCCCGGGUAGCAGUCGACCAAAUUUCCCAAUGGGUUCAGGAGGUGACGGUCCAUUGGGGGGGAUGGCUGGAAUGGAGCCUCAUCACAUGAAUGGAUCAUUAGGCUCUGGCGACAUGGACAGUCUCCCAAAGAACUCUCCAGGGAAUCUGAGUAUGAGUAACCAGCCGGGAACUCCCAGAGAGGAUGGAGAGAUGACUGGAAACUUCCUCAACCCUUUUCAGAGUGAAAGUUAUUCUCCAAACAUGACCAUGAGCGUGUGAAGACAAGGCCGGCAGUUGACUGCUGCCAACCUUCGACAAAAAGGAUCACACCUGAUGUCACGUUGAGCCGUGACUCCGCCUCCUCCUCCUCGCCCUUGACCUCCCCGAUCGGGACAGCGACCCAGGACGUUGUCCUAACGCCACCCCACCAUCCCCCGAUGUUCGUCUCAUCUAACUUGUCCCGUUCCAAAUCACCACUCGGCCACACAUCAAUCCUUCUUCUGCAACUUUGCGACUGUAAAAAGGAACAAUUCAAACACGGGGAGGAAAACCCGAGUGUGUUUGAGCGGGGACCUUUCAUGCCGCAAAAGACAAGACGUAUUUAUUUUAAACAUUAAAGACAAUCUCGAUGGUUAGCUAUACUGUAACCGGUUGUCACCAUUGUUUUUUUUUUUGUAACUUUCCUAACAAAUUCUUUACAGAGGGGACACAUUACAAUUGCAUUACCUU